AUGGCAGAUGCACAGCAAGCAAACAAGGCGCAUCGCAAGGCCAAGACCGGUGGUAAGGCGGAAAAGGGCAAGGCCAAGCACACCAACGGCUUCAAUCCGAAAGCCUUCAUCUCUGCCAACAUCAACGUCGCCCAGAAACAGAUCCUCCGCAAUGCCGAAAAGGACCAGAAACGCUUCCACGUACCCCUAGCUGAUAGAACCCCCGAAGACGAACCGCCUCCCAUCAUUGUCGCCGUCGUCGGCCCAGAAGGGGUAGGCAAGACGACGCUCAUGCGUUCGCUCAUCCGCAGAUAUACCAAGCACACGCUCGCAGAGAUAAAGGGUCCCGUCACGGUCGUCACGGGCAAGAAACGACGAGUCACCUUCAUCGAGUGCAACAACGACAUCAACAGCAUGAUCGAUAUUGGCAAAGUCGCCGAUCUGGUGCUGCUCAUGAUCGAUGGCUCCUUUGGCUUCGAGAUGGAGACCAUGGAGUUUCUCAACGUCUUGCAGUCGCAUGGUUUCCCCAAGGUCAUCGGUGUGCUCACCCACCUCGACCUCAUCAAAAAGGCAAAGACGCUCAAAGCCACCAAAAAGCGCUUGAAACAGCGUUUCUGGACCGAGAUCUACGAUGGCGCCAAGCUCUUCUACCUGUCGGGCAUCAUCAACGGUCGAUAUCCCGACACCGAAAUCCAGAACCUCUCACGAUUUAUCGGUGUCAUGAAGUUCCGCCCGCUCAUCUUCCGCAACGCCCAUCCCUAUGUGCUUGCAGACCGCAUGGAAGACCUCACGCCAAGAGAGGAGAUCCGUGCCAACCCCAAAGGUGACCGAACCAUCACCGUCUACGGCUACCUCCACGGCACGAAUCUGCGAGCAUCACAGAGGGUUCACAUUCCCGGUGCCGGCGACCUGUCCAUCACUUCAAUCGAAAAGCUCAACGAUCCAUGCCCGCUCCCCACGCAAGACAGCGAGAAGCGCAGAAAGCUGUCGGACAAGGCCAAGCUCAUCCACGCUCCCAUGAGUGACGUCGGCGGUGUCAUGUUCGAUAAGGAUGCUGUCUACAUCAACGUGCCUGGAAACUUUACCCGCCAGGGAGAAGGCGCCGAGCCAGCAGGCGAGGGCGAAAAGAUGGUCAUGGAUCUGCAGGAUGCGCAUACCACGCUCGACAACCUUGCAGCCCAUGGGGAGCUGCGACUGUUUGACUCGGACUCUGAUGGUCUGCGAUCUGGCGAUAUCGCUGUCCAGCAAGACGGAGACGAUGCCUUCGAGUACAGCGCGCCUACCAAGGGCAAGCGUGUGCGAAGAGCUGCUUUCGACGACGUGCUUCUCGACGACGACAUGGAUGAUGAUCAGGAUGACGACGAGGACGGCAGCGAUGGAGGCUUCGAGGACAGCGACGAUGACGAUGACGACGACCAAGGUCAAGAACGUCGUGCGUUUACACGCAAAGCCAUCGAAGCGGAUGAGGCGGACGGUCCCGCAACUAAGGACAUCCCCUUUGCCGACAGUGACUCCGACAUGGGUCUUGGCUCAGACAAAGAUGAGGAUGAGGACGAUGGCUCGGACGAAGAGACCGCGAGCGCGAUCAGUGAAGGCGAUCACGACGAGGUAGCCCCAUGGAAGCGCGACCUGGCCGCACGCGCUGAAGCCACAGUGCGCGCCAACAAGAACCGCAAGCCCAUCGACCUUGCCCGACUCAUCUACCACUCGGACAAGACGCCCGAGCAGAUCGCCUCUGGCAAUGUCCACAGCGACGGCGACGGCGAUGACGAGGCCGACAUCCGCAAGAUGGCCGAAGACGAUGAUGACGGAGACGACUUUUUCCGACCAGCCGAUGGCAAGCCUGCUUCCUCGAAACAGGUCGAGCCGGAGGAUGAGUAUCAGGAUGUGCCCGAUCAGGCGCGUCCUCUGGCCAAAGCUAGCCAUCUGAGCCAUUGGGCAGAGGAGCGCGUGUUGGAUUCGAUCCGACGUUUCUUUAUUACCGGCGACGAGCCUGACAACUUGGAAGAGCGCAAGGACGGCAAACGCGGUCAAGUUACCAACGGUGACGACGAGGACGCUGAAUCCGCUGACGAGACUGCUGCUGGCGACGAACACGACGACGGCGACGACUCUUCGGAAGAAGCACGCGCCAAAGCCCUCGCUGCUAAGAAAGAAGCGCUCAAACGCCGAUUCGACGAGCAGUAUGACGAUCCGGACGCUGACACCAAACAGGACUGGUACGACGAGCAGAAGGACGCGCUCGCCGCGCAGGCCGCGCUGAACAAGGCCGAGUUCGCCGCGGUCGACGAAGAAGUGCGUCACCAAGUGGUCGGCUACCAGCCGGGCGCGUACGUCCGCAUCGAGCUGAGCAAGGUGGCCUACGAGCUCGUUGAGAACUUCGACCCGGCCUACCCCUUGCUCGUCGGCGGCCUGUUGGCAAGCGAAGAGUCGUUCGGAUUCAUCCAGGUGCGCAUCAAGCGUCACCGCUGGCAUCAGAAGAUCCUCAAGACAAACGACCCGCUCAUCUUCUCGCUGGGGUGGCGUAGGUUCCAGUCGAUCCCCAUCUACUCGCUCGACGACGGUACGCGCAACCGCAUGCUCAAGUAUACCCCUGAGCACAUGCACUGCCUGGCGUCGUUCUACGGACCCGUCUCGGCGCCCAACACGGGCUUCUGCGCGUUCAACACGCUGUCGACCGCCACGCCUUCGUUCCGCGUCUCGGCGACCGGGGUGGUAUUGGACGUGGAUUCCGGGUCGCAGAAGAUUGUCAAGAAGCUCAAACUCACGGGUACGCCCGCCAAGAUCUACAAGAACACGGCUUUCAUCAAGGACAUGUUUUCGUCUGCCCUCGAAGUGGCCAAGUUUGAAGGCGCGCACAUCAAGACGGUCUCGGGGAUUCGCGGACAGAUCAAGAAGGCCUUGUCGAAGCCAGAGGGGCAGUUUAGGGCGACGUUUGAAGACAAGAUCCUGAUGUCGGAUAUCGUGUUCCUCAGAGCGUGGUAUACGAUUCAGCCACGCAAGUUUUACAAUCCGGUCACGUCGUUGUUACUGUCGCCGGCGUCGAGGGGUUGGCAGGGGAUGCGGUUGACGGGCGCGGUGCGCAAGGAGCGCCAGCUCAAGGCGCCCAACCACAUCAACUCGAGUUACCGCGGCGUGGAGCGCACCGAGCGCAAGUUCAACCCGCUGCGCGUCCCGCGCGCCCUGCAGGCCGAGCUGCCGUUCAAGUCGAAGCCCAAGCAGAUGGCGGGCGCCAAGUCGACCUCAUACUUGGCCAAGCGCGCGGUGGUGCUCGAGGGCGACGAGAAGAAGGCGCUCGCGCUGCUGCAGCAAAUGAAGACGGUGCAGCGCGAGAAGGAGGAGAAGCGCAAGCGGAAGGGCUUGGAAAAGAAGGGCGAGAAGAUGAAGCUCGCCAUGAAAGAUGAGGAGAUUCGCGCGCAGAAGAGGAAGGCCGAGAUGAAGGAGAUCUAUCGUAUCCAGGGUAUGAAGGCUCAGACGGCGGCCAAGAGGCAGAAGACCAAGUGA